AUGAACUCAUUAUUACCACCCGAAACACUUUACGAAAUAUUCAAACACAUUUCCCAUGAUACUUCAACACUCUUUAAAUGUCUUUUGAUUGAUCGUACAUUUUGUAGAUUUGCUAUUCCAUAUUUAUGGCGACAACCAUUCAAACGUCCAUUAAAAGAACAAAAAUUUGAUCACUCGCUAGUGGAAACAAUUAUUUUAUCGCUAAACGACAAUCAUCGAGAAUCAGUGUUAAAUUUACUCUCCUCAUCGAAAACGACUAAUUUAACAGCAACGACAUUAUCUCAUUCUCGAGAAGUACUUUUUAAGUACAACACAUUCAUUACUGAAUUGGAUACAUGGUAUCUAGCAUUAACUAUUGCAAGAUGGCAUUCGCAGAUUUCAACUAGAUCUGGUAGAUUUAUAUCGAGCCACAUUAAAGAUCCACAUGUUAUGGCGAUAAUAAACAAACUAGGUCGAGCUUUAAUCUCUUCUUCGCCAAAUCUUGUUAGUCUAUUGAUGAAUAGUCCAAAGAAUACCCAAAUUUCUUUGAAUUUCUUGAGAAAGAAUGACUUAUUAUCGAAUAAUUUUGAUAGCAUAAAGAAAAUCAAAGAUUACGAUUAUAGGCCGUCGAAAGUUUUCCCAUUUGGAAUUCAAAAUAGUAGCUUGAAGAAUUUGAGUUCGAUUGAUCUAGAAUUUCGACGAAAAGUGAAUUACACAGUUUCAAUCAACCAUUUUCUCCAGUUGAUCCAGCAACAGACGCAACUUCAAACUCUUAUCAUCAGAAACUAUUCAAUGGUUUAUGCAAAACAACCUCUUUAUGAUGCUUUCUUUACUCAACGAGAGACUUUAACAAGACUCGAAUUUCACCGAUGCGACUUCAAUGCGAUAUUUGACAUCGAAAAACUAGAAAUUGAAAAACUUCAAAAUUUCAAGCAAUUAAAUGCUUUGGUGGUAUACAAUUGUAGACAUUUACCACAUUUACCAAAUUAUCAAUAUGAUAGACCACAAAAUUAUGAUGACGCGUCCUCGUACUCUGGAUUAAAAUUGGAAAAAUUCUUCUUAUCUUCGUCAAAAACCAAUUCAACACGCUCCUAUCUUCUACCAUUCUUUGAAUUUAUAUCUAUUGGUCAUCUCCGAGAAAUUGUUCUUCCGAAAUCAUGCUCUAUUGGAGAAUACGAAAUAAUUUUACCUUGUGCUUCGAAUCUCGUAAAAUUAUCAAUCCACAUCGAUUUAAUUCGUGAAGAUCCAGCAUUUCAACUGAUUUCACUUUGCACCUUUUUAAAAGAUUUAUCACUUUAUCAUUCUUCUUACUCGGACAAGAAAAUUAACGAUGAAUUCUUAUUGAAAUUCAAACGAACUCUUUCUUCAACGUCUCUUCUCAUGUCAAUCAAUCUCGGUUUCAAGUUAUUAGGAUCCCAACUCGAAGCAUUACUUUUCGAUUUUCAAUUGCCUUAUCUUUAUAAAAUUGGUCUACCUAAUGCACCUGUUGCGCGGGAAAAAAUUUUAGAAUUAAUCACCAUCGUUGCUACAUAUGCACGUGCAAAAAAUCGGUGUUUACAAUUGGGAAUAGGGACGGACAGAUUUAAAAACGAAAUAAAGGACCGGAUAAAAAAGACUGGAAAUUUCGUUGAAAUAGUCGAUAGUUUAUCAUGGUUCGACAAUUACGGUGAAAAUAAUGAUGCAGAAUUUUGA